GGUCUUACGGUCACUUUAAUCAAGUCAGAAAAGAAACAAAAAUACAAAAAUGCAAUAACAGCACAAACCAGAAGGGAAAACAGAACAGAAAAUCGAACAGCGUCCAGUUACCACCAAGUCUUAGCCAAAAUGCCUAAAUCUGCACUUGAGUCUGAUAUUGAGAAAUGUACCAGCGAGUUCAAUGUAACCGAGGAUUGGCAGCUUAUUAUGGAUCUAUGUGACAGAAUAAAAACAGCCAGCAAUGGAUCAAAAGAUGGUUUAAAAUAUAUUACUCGCCGUCUUCAGCAUCAAAUACCACACAUCUCCAUGCAAGCGUUGUCGUUACUUUCAGCUUGUGUUGAAAACUGUGGUAAGCCUUUUCGUUUGGAAAUAUGCUCCAGGGAUUGGACGAAUGAAGCAAAGCAAGUGAUUACAAGGGGACAUGAAAAAGUGUCCAUGCGACUCAGAGAACUUAUUCAAAAGUGGGCAGAAGAUUUCAAAGAUGAUCCACAGUUAAAUCUAAUGGUUCAGUUUUACAAGAAGUUAAAAGCUGAUGGAUUUGCAUUUCAAUCUUCGUCAUCGUUAUCAGAGGGGAGUAGCAAAAGUGUUGUGUCUAACUCAAAAAAACAGGAAGAUGAAAUAAACUUUAAAGAAGACCUAGAUCUUGCUAUUGCAAUGUCAUUACAAGAAGCUGAAGCAAAUAAGAAGGCACCAUCUUCUUCUGGUAGUCUGUAUCCAACAUUUACUUCUGCCCCUCCAGCUGUAUACCCAGAAGAGCGAGAGGUUUGUAAAGUAAAAGCUCUGUAUGACUUUGAAGCUGCUGAAGAUAAUGAAAUGACUUUCAAAUCUGGCGAGAUAUUUACUGUGCUUGAUAAUAGUGACCAAAAUUGGUGGAAAGGGCGUAAUAACCGUGGCGUGGGGUUGUUUCCAGCUAACUUUGUUACAACUGAUUUAUCCGAACCGAAAACAGAGAAAAAGAAGGUACGCUUUGCUGAUUCUAAAGCUCCUGCAGCAGAAAAGAUAGUCGUGAAAAAAACGAAAACAGUAAUAAACGAGGAACAAUUAGACUUGACGUUGAGCAUGUUAAAGAAUGCAUCUCCAAAUGAAAUAGACGAUGAAGAGGAGACGAUAUGCUCUAUGGAGGACAGCGCUAGAGAGAUGGGAACUCUGCUUGAGAAGAAGAUUUUAGAGUGCGACCGACAGAAGGAUGAUUUGACGGAUUUGAAUGACAAGUUUUUACAAGCCCUCUCCAUGUAUCAGCAAUACAUGAAGGAGCCAAUGAGUGCUCCACAACCUGUGUACCAGCCUACUACGUCGCCUCAGACUAGUUUACAAUAUCAACAGCCGCAUAGUUACUAUCAACAGCACCACCAACCACAACAAUACGCUACCGCAAGUCCGUAUCCAAUACAGCCAACAUCAGCGAUGCAACACCACCAAAUGGAUAAGUCUUAUUAUUACCAAACAGCGUCGCAGCAACCGGCUUCGUUACCACCACAAGUAAGCGCUCCACCGCCGCAUCAAAACUAUACCAGCCAACCAGCUUCGUUACCUCCAAUGUCAGUAGCACCCGCACAAAUGGACUCUGUACCUAUUUCGUACGCUCAACAGCCAGCGUCACUACCACCUGUAGCCGCUCCGUAUCCACAACAAGCAAUGUUACCACAACAGCCAGCCUCUCUUCCAUACGACUACACACAGAGCCCUUAUUCUCAACAGUAUAACUCCGGACAAUAUUACAGUAAUGAUAACAUACAAUACACAUCACCCCCGGAAUAUUCGAGCUAUGGCUAUGCGGUUCCGCAAAAUACUCAAUCAUAUCAACAAGUUUACCAAUAGCAAGCGCUUAAAAUUAAAUUAUUAGCCAAUGAGAAUAUUGUAAUCGAAUUAAACGAGAAGAUAUUGAAAUGGGUAUAACGAGUUUUGUAUCUCGUAUAUGGGUUGUACCUAGGCAGCAUGGCAGUUUAAACAAGUCUUGACUGUGCGAGUUGAAUGAUGGAUAUUGAUGUUGUGGUGUGUACACAAAAACUUGAAUCGAUGGAAGUUCUUUAGCAGCAUUCGAAGGCUUAUACACAGUUGGAUAUAUCUCCUUCUCGCUGCUAUCUUAAAAUGUUCUUUUAUUUUUGCGUGUUUACUAUGCACGCCUUUGAAGUUAUAUUGUAUUAUUCAGGGAAACUUUUGUGAGACCUAAAAUUUGCGAUAUUUACCAGGUAAACUUUCGCAAAAUGUGGUUUUCGUAAAAUUUAGCGAGUGCGGAUUGCGAAAAUAUUCAUUUUUGUUAAACUACUGCACAUUUUGUAACUAGAAUAUUACACUACAGACUGUUUUCAUCGUCCAACUUCCUUUGUGGAAAGCGGAUUCGACCAAAUUCUCUUCCCGGUUAAAGUUUUCCCCUUUAAGGUAUCGAAUAAGUUAAAGUUUUUUCUUUUUUUAUCGAGAAAGACUAUAUGAAUAACUUGGGGAAGGAAUAACUUUCGUGAAUUACAAACUAACAAAAACGUCAAUUCUUUGCAAGUUUAUUUUGUCGAAAAGUUUCUAUCGCAAGUUUAUUUUGUCGAAAAGUUUCUGUCGCAAGUUUAUUUUGUCGAAAAGUUUCUAUCGCAAGUUUAUUUUGUCGAAAAGUUUCUAUCGCAAUUUAAGUUACUGUGUAUUAAAGUUUGUUUUUUGUUCUUUGUGGCAUGAUGCGAUUUUUUUGUAAAUGUUGGAAAUUUGUUGCUGUUGACGGCGAUAAAUUAGUUAGUUGGAGUUAGCACUGAACCUUAAUGACAUUUGCUUUUGGUGAAGUUGGGAAAGUGCUCCAUUGAUGAAAUAAAUAAUGACAAUCUGAAGAAAUUUUUGAGUUGAAAGUUUUAUACAAGCUGGGGCCUUUAAACUGACAUCAUCUUCUAUUAACACGCAUGUCAAGUUUUCAUGAAAGGUGCUUCACUGAUAGCCUUGUCAAACAGUAAAUGAAAUUCAACCUCUGAUUUUCACAUCAGUUAGUACGGUUUUUUAUUUCUCAAGCAGUAGUCAUGUUGAUCACAAUUAGACUCCCGAACAACGCUUCGUCCUCCAUUGUCAGAUCGAUAUUCGCGCAUGCGUACAACUGUUUAAAAGUGUUGACAUGCACUUAAUUUUUUGUACCGAAAUGCAUGUCGAGAAACUUCUUAGGAUUGUAUUUAAACAAAUGGCUUUAAAAGUGCGACACUAGCCUCCCAAAAAUUGGGUGGCUGAUUUACAGGGCGUUGAUUUACAGGGUGUUAAUUUACAGGGUGUUGAUUUUAACAUUGCGUGAGUUUCUUUUAAACAAAAGUGCGUGUCAACACAGUGUGAUGUAAAAACUAUUUUGAUGGAAUAUUUCAAAUUAAUAUGAUUUUUUUCCAGUAAUGUGUGAAUGUAAAAUUUAUUUUUUUUGGCUGUAAAAAGAUGGUGGCCUGUUAGCCAUGCAAAGUUG